UAGUUAGAUUAUUAUCCAUUCCUCUAGCUACCGAGAUUAUUUUUUUUCCAAUUUGCCGAUUUUACAAAGUCAUUAUGGAAGAAGGCAAAGAUUUCCUGAAACCCUUAGAUAACAGCUGCAGCUCGGAAACAGACACGUCCUUGACCAUGUUGACCGCUGCUGUUACAACAGAUGUUGCUGCAGAUAUCAACCUCGGCUCCCUCGGUGACAUGUCAGAUACACUGAAUACUUCAGAAGAUCACACAGUGUCAGAGGACAACACUGAUCAACAAAUUAAAGUAGACAGUGUUUUAUCCACUACUCCAACAACACUUUUUCAAGAAAACUUAGUGCUUGUAGAAACAUCAAAAGGUUUGGUGUUGACCAAUCUAGACAGUAGUAACUUCAGUAAUAAUUUUGUAACAUCAGGACCAGACAGUCGAGGUCAUACUGUCAUAUCUUCAAGUUUACCAACUACUAUACCAGUAUUUUCCACACUGGUUGGGGCAGGAGAUGACAACCAGGUUACUAUGUAUGGCACUGUUGGGGAAGGCAAUGUUCUCAUACCAGCAAAUAUAUUCCAGGACGCAGACUCCACCUCAGAACUUCAGACCAGUAUCAGUGUAGCAGACAGUAACACCGAGGGUGAUGCUCAACCUAAGAAGCGGAAAGGUUUGGGAGGCUGGCCUAAAGGCAAGAAGAGAAAACCAACACCUGAUGUUACAGUGCCUAGAAAACCUAUGACUGGGUAUGUGAUAUUUGCUUCCCAGAGAAGACAGGAGAUCAAAGUAACCAAUCCAGAGUUAGCUUUCCCUGAGGUAACAAAACAGAUGGGACAGGAGUGGUCACAUAUGCGUGAAGAUGAUAAACAGAGAUACCUGAAGUUGGCCCAGGAGGACAAACAGAGGUAUAUCAAUGAGAUGCAGGAUUUCCAGAAAUCUGUUCAGUUUCAGACCUAUCUUAAAAACAAAAGACGCAACAAUGACUUGGAUUCCUGUCUCACAGAUGAUGGAAAAGGACUCAUAGAUCUUGAGGAGGAGGAGGAUUUGGAUGAGUUGUAUUGUAAAGUAUGCAACCAGUAUUUUAUAUCUGCACAUAACAAGAAAGAGCACAUGUUUGGUAGACAACACUUACAGAAUAUUACCAAUGAGAUUAUUCAAGCAGAACAGCUGAUUCUGGCAUCAGACAGCAUAGAUCCAACCCUGUCUAUUACAGAAAAAUCUACAGAAUCUGAAAACUCCCGGAAAGAUAGUUCACUUGAUAUUAAUGAAUUUAUACAGGAUUUUAUGUCUAAAAAUAAAGAUAGAGAUAAAGAAAUCAGACUAUUGAGAAAAUCCCAUAAAACCUCUUUAGAAGAUAAUUUUGAGAUGUCAAAACAGGUCAAAGAGUUAGAGGAGUAUGAAAGCAAAUUGGACCAAGAUCUAGGCAGUUUAAAGGCAUAUGGUGCUUCCUUGGCAGCCCAGGUGGAUGCUUUAAAGAUGGUACCAACAUUGUUUGGAGUCAUCAACUUUUGACUAAUGUUCAUAUUUAAAGACUCUGUCCCAUAGUUUUAUGAAAGAUAUUUAUUAUGUUUCACCUUCAAGGAAGGGUAAUGUCUCCCUUAUAAGGGAUGAGAAAUACAUGUAUUGUUUUUUUGGAAUUGUCUGUCCAAGAAAGAAUGUGUAUGCUUUUUGUGUAGUUAUAUACACAAUAGAUUACCGUAAAUAAAAUCAUUCCGUAACAGUUUUGCUAGAAUUUGGACGGAGCUUGUUAAGAUAGAACAGGCUAGCUUGGUAUAUUGUCCAAGAUGUUCCUGUUGACAGAUUUGUAUCAGACUUAUUGGACCUACAAAUAGUGUAAAGUUAUUAACUCUUAUCAUGCAGGGCACAAUUGAUUCUGCCUUUGCUACCAGUGUAGAUCAUGAUCAGCCUGCAUAUCCAUGCAGUCUGAUCCUGAUCUGCACUGUUUGCCAUUCAGUCAGUAAAUUUUUGGUAAGCACCCCUUUUAACAGUUAAUGGUACUGUCCAAAUUGUAAGAUGGACAAGUUCAUUACAGAAAUUUAGCAGGGUAAGGGUUAAUAUACAUAAAGGAUAAUUUUUCUGGACUUCUUUGUUGCAUCAGUUCAAAAAAUCAAACAUUAACAAACACAUUAUAGUUCUGUUUAGACACAUAAAAGUUCUAUUUAUUUUAUCUUUAGAGUUAUGAAAUUUUACUAAUUGAACAAAAUUGAAUGAUUUACAAUGCUGAUACUGUAAAAUAAUUGAAUUUUGUAGGCGUAACAUUUCAUGGUGUUUGCCAAAACAGCAGUGUCUUUGGAAAAUGAAUCCAUAGAUUUAAAAUUUUGGACAUAGAAUGAAUGGAAAUAUUAUUCCUCAGGUGCAAUAUAAUUCCACAAAAUCAGCGAAAAUUGUACCCUACAAAUAUUAAUGAUUUCAUGGUAUUUUUCAUCAGAUUUUGUUCAAACAUUUUAGGAAUUAUCGUUGUCAGAUCUAGUUGCGUAUCUUGUCAGACUGUACUGGUUGACAGAUUUUAUGACAGAGUUAUUUGGCUAAGACAAUCGUAUUUCUAGAUAAUUCCUCCAAACAGCUUGUUUAUUUUGUCCUUAGUUAUAAAUUUUAUCAGGAUGCUUUAGCGGACUGACCUGAAGUUGUUAUUGUAUUCCUUCAGGUUUACUGUAAUCAUGUAAUGAAGUGAAAAAAAGUUGUCAUAAAAUUAUGGAACAUACAAUAUUGUCUUUCAGAAUAUAAAUUAUGUGCUUAAAUUUUAUGUAAGAACCGAUCAUAUUUUUGUGAAUUGUUGUCAUGAGGGACCACAGUGAGUGUGGAGGGAAACCCAGUAUUGUUUUAUUAUUUUGAAAUCUUGAUGAGAUUUAUUACUAUAACUUGCAUGCUUCCAGUGUCAUGUUUUUGCAGGUAUCAGUGUUUUACCUAAACAUAAGUAAUCCUUUAUUAUAGUUUUGUUGAUUCUUUGUCAGAAUAGAGGGCCUCGUUAAAAUAGCUGAUAUCAAGUCACUUGCCCUUCACAGAUGUGGGCUUGAGUCAUGCUUGGGGCAUUGCAUUCUUCAUGUGAGGAAGCCAUCCAGCUGGCUUUAAUGAUUCCACCCAGGUGCUUGCCCACAAUGAAAUAAUGCCAGGAGGUCCAAAUUUCAAAAUUGUUCUUACAACUACUAGAGAUGAAAUGAAAGCAACAAAAUUCUUGUUACAAGUUUAAAGACCAGUCUCACCAAAGCUGCAUUAUAAUUGGUUAAUUUCAAAAUUGUGUUCCAGAAAGCCAAUUAGAUACUUGAGUUUUGAGACUGAUCCAAGCUCAAGGCUUUGUUUUGAGACUUUUAUUCUAUCUGAGUUUCAUAAAGAAGAACUGGGAUAUAUUUUCUGUUUUUGUGCAUUUCACUAUAGACAAAUCAUGAAAUGAACCCCUUUUAUGAACAAGCGCUUCAAGUAUUGAUGGCUUUCUUAUGCCAGUUCAUUAAAAUUUUUUUUUUUUUCAGUUGUUUAUUUCUUUCUAUAAAAUGAAAUGUUAAAUAUAUAUUUAGUACUUUAGCUAAGAUAUGUGCAAUAUUUUUGUUCACGUUUUUGUAUUAUUUAAGGCUCCCUUCUCUUUUAAUUUUGUUUUAUGUAUUCAGUUAUGUAUUCCAUAAUGUAUUACUAUGUGAUCCCUUGCAUCAUUCAGCAGUCCAUCUUUUUUGCUGGUGAGCAGUCUAUAGUUCAAAUGCAGAUUUGCUGGGAGAAAUGAGAGAGAAAACUUCUUUUAAAUUUAUUUCUUACGUAAUAUAAUAAAGCACCUACUUCGUCAUUUGAACCUGGGACAUUCAUUUUGAGUAAUGACCUGCAGGCUAUUUAGUAAGUGUAUACUUUAAACCAAGAAAUAUUCCCAGUGCAGCUAUUGCAUCUUUAUCCAGUGAAUAAUGGCAUUGAUUGAUUUUUCAUGCCCCUGAAAGGAGGCAUAUUAGUUUUCAACUGUCUGUCCGUCCGUUCGUUCGUCACAACGUUAACUUUUUGCAUGAAGGCACUUUACUCGCAAACCACUGCACCCAGGACCUUCAAACUUCACAUGCUGAUAGUACUUAUUGAGUACACAACCCCUACUGACUUUGGGGUCACCAGGUCAAAGGUCAAGGCGCUGCGGGGGCAUUUGUCACCAUUAGUGACAGCUCUUGUUUGUGACUAUGUUCUCUUCCUGACAGUGAUAUUAAAAGCAUAUAUAGCAGACGACAAAUUCAUGACUGUUUCGGUUUGCAGAUUUCGCAAACUUUUAAAUCAAGAAAUCAUUUUUAGGUUUAUAGUGUUUUUAAUAUUCCAUUAUAAUAUUAUAUGUUUGUACUAGAAACCAAAUGGAAGAUCUGUUGAAAUAAUGUCUGGUGUCUGGCUAUUCUAUCAGAUUGUAUUUUAAUAUUUUUUCUUGAAAAUUGUGACAUUAUGAUUAAAUGUUGUUUCUCAUUUUGUACCUUUUUACAAAUAUUAUUAUUGCCUUACCAGAAAUAAAAUAUGUCAGCUGUA